AUGUCUGCCCGGAGACCUACCCCUGGACAGGCCGCGCAGAACUCGCAGACGAUCAAGAGUCUGUUGAAACUCGAGGCCAACAAAGUUUGCGCAGAUUGCAAGAGAAAUAAGCAUCCACGAUGGGCGUCCUGGAACCUGGGUAUCUUUAUCUGCAUUCGCUGCUCGGGUAUUCACCGAGGCAUGGGUACUCACAUUAGUCGGGUCAAGUCGGUCGAUCUGGACGCCUGGACCGACGAACAACUCCAGAGUGUGAUUAAAUGGGGCAAUGCAAGGGCCAACAGGUACUGGGAAGCCAAAUUGGCGCCCGGCCACGUUCCGUCCGAUGCGAAAAUUGAGAACUUCAUUCGCACAAAGUACGAGUCGAAGCGCUGGGUCAUGGAUGGCGGCAUGCCUGAUCCAUCUACCCUGGACGAGGGAGACGAUGAUGUGCCUCUUGCGGUUGUACAGGAAAAGGCGAAGAUCGAACGCUCUGCCUCUCAACGAGUCGCACCUCCACCUCAACCCGCCCGCCAGCAAGCCUCCAUUGACCUGUUCGGUGAUGAUGAGAUGUUUUCCGCUCCGCCUCGACCGAACACGACCGAACCGGCUUCUCGCGCACCACCGCCACCGAGACAGGCCCAACCUGCGCAACAGAAAACUCAUAAACCAGCUGAUUCUCUACUCGGCCUAGACUUCUUUGGCAGUACUCAACCGUCUACUGGCAGCCGGCCCAGCAGCACCGCAUCAACCCCCGCUGCGCCAAGCGGUGUAUCUCGCCCGGACCUGAAGCAGUCCAUCUUGUCUCUCUAUGCGAAGCCGCAGCCGCAGCCGCAGCCGGCACCGGUUCAACAUGAGCGCACCAACUCCUUUGGCGAUAUGGCUUCUCCACAGGCCCCCUCUUCGUCCUCGAACAUGGGCGCGUUGACCGACGCUUUUAGUGGAUUGAGCUUCCCAUCCACCACCUCUCCUCCUCCUGCCAAGCCAGCCGAAAAGCCUUCUCCAUUUGCCAAUCUUACAAACUUCGGCAGCGCUAAGUCGACUCCCGCGGCUCCCAAGGUCACAUCCCCUGCCGGAUUCGCCAGCGGCGAUCUGUUCGCAAGCCUGACCUCUCCAACCAUGUCUGCGCCGAAGUCUCAGUCCCGGAACACCUCGAUUUCCUCGAGCUCGCAAGACCUCGGAUUCGGCGGGUUUGCCUCGCCGCCUCCCCAGCCGAAGCCCAAUCCUCCGUCUUCAUCACUCUCUAACGACCUAUUCGGUCUCUCCUCGCCGCCGCCUUCGGCACCCGCCGCGCCUCCCAAGCCUACCGUGAACUCACCGCAACAAGAAAUGAGCUCGGCCUUCAAUAUUUCAAGCCCUCCUGUGCGGUCUACCCCUCUUCCCAAGCCUGAGGUUCCCGCUGCGACGGCCGCCGCCGCAGGCAUGAUAGAUCCAUGGGGAGGCAAUGCCUGGAGCACUCCCGACCCGGUUCCGGCUCCUGCUCCUGCUCCCGCCCCGUCCGCGGCAUCUAUGAUGAAGGUCCCGGACACUUUAACCGCCAACGACAUUGGCAGCGGCUGGGGCGCACCCGCACCCAAGCCCACUCCCACCGUGGCCGCGGACGAAGACUUCGGUGGUUGGACCAGCGCAGCUCCCAUCACCUCUUCCACGACUACGACGACCAACACUACCUCUACCAAGCCGGCUGGCGGGUUUGGCGGGGCAGACGACCUCUUCUCCAACGUCUGGGAGUAA